AUGGGUCGGGAGGAGGAAUUGUUUGUAGCUCUUAUAACAGCUAUGGACAAAACAGUCGAAGAUUGUCCGAGAAACCUGACAGAGACAGUGGAAGCCUCUACACGACUGGGCUGUGGUCGUGACAAGUAUGGAAAUGAUCAGUAUAUGUGUCUCCCUAACUUAGAGACAACAAGCCUGGUAGAAUUCUGUCACAAUGGUAUCAUGGGCUUUAUAGAAAGUGGUAAUUGUCUGAAGACUGCAGAGGAUAAACUGUUUACACACAAUUGUUCCCAUUUUGUUUCGGGCUGUCCAGAUGUAGACUUCAGCAGUAACGAAAUCUACAAAUACCCUGCUUGCCAAAACAUCAGUACAAAAUAUAGUUGUUAUCUAGCUGAUCCAUCAUGUACAACUGCCACAUUGGAUAUAUCUACUGAAGAAUCACCAGAAGGUUUUUUCUCCAAAAGUACAACAAUUCAUAGAGUUUACAACACAACAGCGAUAGAAAUUCAAACAACCACAUUACCAGAACAUGACACUACACAUAUCCGGGUAAUCUUUGGAAGUUUGGCAGCAGCUGCUGCUGUGUUAUUCAUUGUUAUUCUGCUAAUAGGAUGGGUUGUGAGGAAGAGAAAACAUAGACAGAAAGGAAAAGAAGAAAAUAAAAUUUCGAAAGACGAAAGUGAAAAUCUGCUGCCAAAAGAAGACGGAGUUAUAAAAAUUGAUGUUUCUGAUGAACCAGGAGAGAAAAGGGAUUGUGACACAGAGACUAGCUUCAAUCGUGAAACAGUGGAUGAAGAGAACCCGAUAUGUGUGACAGGAAUAAAAUGUAAACCCGAAGAGAGAGAUAAAGAAGAAUCUGGUGUCAAAAGUGAACCACAGAAAAUAAAAAAAAUCAAAGAGUAUUCACAAAUACAAA